CAAAGUGUAUAAUUAGAUUUUUAUUAUAGAAAAAUAAAUAAUAUAAUAUGAACUUUUAUGGGCCCCAGAGAGGGGUAAGAAAAAUCUUUUAGUUUAAAAAAUCUAUACCGAGCAUACCGUACGAGUCCCACUUACAAGUCAAAAGGACAUGCGAGUCCCGCCAGUUAUACAUGGCACACUCAGCAAACAAUAUGAGACCCAGCGAUGUUGCCACAACGCUGGGUCUCGUAUUGUUUGCCGAAUCUUUUAGGUACUUCCCCGGUUUUUAUAUUUCACCUCGAAUUUAACAGUUUUGUUUCAGCGGUUGUUAUUUUAAUUCUUGUGAAUAGUAAGGGCGGACGUAAAAUAGUGAUUUUAGGCGCAAGGAUAAAUAUUAGGUACCUAUGGAAAAUAUAUCGAAAAAAAUUGAUGCUAUGAAACCAGAAUUAUUUGACGAUUUAGUUACAGCCACAAAAGUAAUUUCGGGAUUUAGCAAUGCCGAUAAAAGCUUUAAAUCUUCUUCAUUAGCACUUCAUAUGGGUACCACUUUAAAACAAGUAUGCGAUAUAAUUAAUCGAACGAUUUUAAAAAAAUCCCCACUCUUUACCUUUAAAAACCCUAAUGAGGAAAAAAAGCAUUCGAGAUUUAAAACAUUAUUAGAGACCAGUUGGGCCAAUGAAAUUUUUUCAUUGGCCCUUAAAACAAUGAAAGAACGGCAAUGGGAAAAACUCCAAAUACUGCCGGUGACAAGUGACGUAAUUAAGUUUAAUAAUUUUGUCAAAAAUCAGGUUAAAGACAGUGCCAAAAAAUUAAACAAACUUUUAGAAAAGGAGGGGAAAUAAAAUGACAAAAAUAAUUUACUUCCUUUAUAUAAAACCUUGGCAAAAGGAAUAAUGGCCCUUCUUUUAAUACUAAAUAGAAAACGCAUCGGUGAGAUUCAAUACCUUGAAAUUUCUACUUACAAAAGAUCAUUUGCGGACCCCAGUGUUCAAAAAGAAAUUGCUGAAAGUUUACCUGUUUCAGAAAAACUAUUGUGUAGAAACUUUAGAAGAAUUAUUACAGGUGGAAAAGGUAGCAAACCUGUAGCUAUUUUAAUUUCUCCUUUUUUAAACGAGAAAAUUGAGCUGAUGAUUAAAAUAAGGGAAAAAAUAAAAUAAAUUCCAGAAGAUAAUAAAUACAUAUUUGCAAAUCCCAAUUCGUCGAAAGGUUGGUUUCAUGGAAUAAGUGUAAUUAAACAAUUUGCAAAAAACUGUGGGGCAAAGGAUCCCAACUCUCUAACUUCUACCAAAUUUCGAAAACAGACUGCAACAAUUUUACAGAUUAUGGACAUUAAUAAUACUGACAUGGAACAAUUAGCCACUUUUAUGGGUCAUACAAAGAAAACCCAUGAAGAAUGGUAUAGACUUCCUUAAGAUCUAUACCAGACUGCAAAAAUAGCCAAACUAAUGAUCGCUUUAAAUAAAGGUGAUGUUAAUAUUUACAAAGGAAAGAGCUUAGACGAUAUCAAUAUAGAAGAAAAUGACUACUUGGAAAUUGAAAACAUAGAAACAGAAGUAAAUGAAAUAAAUGAAAAAGAAAAAGUUUCGUCGAAGGGUAAAAGAAAGUUAUUUACCGAUGAAAUGACGCAUCCAAUGCAAAAUAAUAAAGUUACAAAAAGAAAGGAGGUGCCAACUACUGAAAAAACCGAAAGCACUUCAAAUGGUAAUUUCUUUAGCGAUUGCAAGGCACCGAUGGACCGAAAAGGACAAACAAACUAUGCUUAAAUACUUUACAAGAUUCAUAAAAGAAAAAAGGGUUCCGAAAAAAGCAGACGUACAGGAAUUAAAAAAAAAAUAAAGCUGGAGAAAACUUUAAAUCAAUUGAUUGGGUAAAAAUUAAAACGUUUGUUUACAAUUCUUAGUGUAGUUUUUGUGAAGCUUUUUAUUAAAUAAAGUGUUUCUAAACA